UCUACAUAAACAUCAGAACGGACGGCUACAUUGCUUUAAUACAAAUCGGAAAGCCACCUUGAGCAAACGUGGUAAACAAGGUGAACGGAACGGAUUAUCUUAUUUCCGGGUAUAUUUUGAAAACAACUCUCCACCAAGAUUUCUACAACGCGCCUAGGCCUGACUUAUGAGACGGUGGACAGAGAUUUGAGAUACAGGGUAGCACAAUCCCAUGCGAGGGAAGAGAAGUUGAUAGAUAGCAAUUGAGAAUCGAGCACCUCCGUUUAGAGCAACAUAAAAGGGAGCAAGAUGCACCCCGAAUCCUGAGGCAGGGGCAAACAUUCAACAGAAUCAAACAACCGAAACCUCUCUGCCAAACAUUGACAGCCCACUGCGGUUUACCGUUUUGCGGUCUAACAAAUAUUAUUCCCUGCCAGAGAUGCGCAGUACCGGAAAGACACCAGUGUUUUCAUCAACACUAAAUAAAUAAUAACUACCAGAUAAAUAUUCCUGCGCUCCCGAUCUAAAAACCCAACUUUGAACCAUCUUUCCAAGAAGCGGAUCAACUGCAUUAUCUUUGGUUGUAUUCUCCUCACCGUGGUCUUGACAUCAUGCGGUUCCCUACUUCCAUACCGAAACGACUAUCUAAUUUCGCAACCAGCCGCACUUGCGUCUAUCGCUCUCUACAUACCAAGCAGGCAGAAAUUAUCACCCUUGACUAUAAAGGGUCCCUCGUAACUCAGAAUGUCAACGUUGAUUUAAGGAAUGCCCACGAAGCUUUCACAAUGUUAAAAGUCCCAGGGGUUGAUCAGCCCUUCUACCAGCAGUGCGCUGGUGGUGACCGAGCUCUUUUGCCCCAGUAGAGUAGCCUACAGGUUAUGAGACCGUUAAGCGUGAGCCCCGCUGUGGUCAACAUGCAUGGGUCUGAUCCCAGGAUGGACUUAAGAAAUAUAAAUCCCAAAAACAAAUACCCUGGACAUUUAACAGUGCCAAGAGACAUUCUAGGAGUGUGCCCUAGGAGUGAGCCCUUGAAAGAUUGAGCCCUAGGAGUGAGUUCACUGAGAGGAGCCACUAAGAGGAGCCACUGAGAGGAGCCACUGAGAGGAGUACUCUGUGGUAGCUGGUCCGAGGGGGGGGAGGAGCUUUGGUGCCGUUAGACUUUGCGGGUUUGGACAUUGUGAUCGAUAAUGAUAUAGCGAUAACGUGUUUCGGCUCGCGGAUAUUGGAAUGGAAAAAUAGUUUUGCUGAGUUUCCUUGAUCAAGUCAAUUCAUUGCCUCAGGAUUCGGAGGAGAUCUUGCGUCCUUAUAUGCUGUUCAUUCACUGAGUAGAGCGAACCCUCUCUGCAUAUAUCUAUGUAGAAUAUGUUGUCCAUACCGGCCUAGAACAUCCUGGGCACACUACACUAUGCGCUAUAGAUGUCUAUGUCUGAUCUUGUGUUCCUGCCUUCAUUGCGACGUCGAAGCACAAAAAGGGACGGUUGUUGAGAAGAUGGGAUAUUCAAUUGGUAGACAGCUCAGAGGAAGACAAACUAGAUGCCGGGUUUGUUAUCCCUUGAACCCCGUGCGGCCGAGCAGGACGAAGAGUUGCUGCUUCUGAAGAUGAUUAGAAAGUGAGAAUUUUCAUAUCAUGCAGCAGUGGGAUAACUCAUUGCAUGGGAAACCCCCUGCAGAAAGGGAACUUCCCAACAAUGUUAGGGAAAACCCUGAGAGGAAAGCUUUGGAAUAUGCAGAUUUAGGGAUAUCUCAAACUAGGCUCAAGAUAGAGAGAGUCUCAUGAUGAAGCAUGGUAAAAUUCUAGCAUCAUUGUAAAAUGUAUUAUUGUUGGUAGGAAUUCCUAGCCAAGUAGGCUUAAUCAGUAUUGCGAAAAGCAAAUCGUGGUUCUGACAGCUUCACUAGGUGGAAAAAAGUUCUUCAGGCGACUGCUUGGGCACCAAAUAUGUCAUGUCUAGGAUAAUCAAUAUUUCGAGAGCAUGGUGGGGCGUUUGCUCUGAUCGUGCAUCUGCCUGACGUCUAGCCUUUAAAUCUAACCAUGUUCUUCAGCAGGGUAGAAGCUCCAAGAUCACCUUUUCC